UUUUUUUUUCAUUACAAUAUAUUUGUUAUUAAAUUUAAAAAGAAAAAAAAAAUAAUAAUGAUGAUUGAAGUUCUUGCUUAUGCAGAUCAAGAUAGGGUCUCUGGAAAAAUAUUGAACAAGACGCCACCUAGGCCCCAGCUCCUGCUGUUGGAAUGGAAGAAAAUUGCUGAUCGAAAGAAAACUUGUUUCCUACUGUCCGGAGUUGACACUGCUUUGAAACCUCUAGCUAGCAAGAAAACCGCUCAUAGUUCGCUGAAACCAAUCAAUGUUCUGAAAGGUGGAGUUCCUCGUGUGAGUACUGCUUAUUUAGACACACUGUCGGAGAACGGCAUAAAUCUGCUGAUAGCAAACCCAAAGAAAAAGCAUGUGGAUUUUAAUAUUUGUUGGGUUACACAACCGCCACUCUAUUCUACCGUUCUCAGAGAGAAAGCGAGAGGGCCUCACGUUCGUUUCAACAGCCUAUUCUUACAGCUGGAAAAGAAAGAAAAGAACGAUUCUCUCAGGAUACACGAAUGCCAUAAGCAUUCUUGUGGUGUGCACUAUAGGCUCAAAAUGAAGAGCAGAAAAAUACUGACGAUGGAGACCAUUUUGAAUUAUCAGUAGAACUUUUUGACUAUAUAGAGUCUUCUCCUCCACUUAAUUCAUUUGCGGAGAUAGUUGACGAACAAUAGUCAUAUUCCUCCAAUGGUUCGAAACUAGAUUAUCCUCCAUUUAAAGAUUAUGAACUUUACAGUCUUGUGUUCUUACUAACCUAACUUAAUAAAA